AUGACAAACAAUCUUUUAAACCGCCAGCAAUUUGCGUACCAGCCGGGACGGUCUACCACAGACGCGGCGCGUGAAGUAGUGGAUCGAGUGACAGCGCAUCUGGAGGGCGGGCGGCAUGUCGCAGCGGUAUUCUGCGACUUGUCGCGUGCCUUCGAGAUGAUCGACCAUUCGCUUCUUCUCGCCAAGCUCUCAUAUUACGGCUUCACAGGUAGUUUCCACAGUGCAAUUGCGUCGUUCCUGGGAAAUCGAAAACAGCGCACCUACGUCCUCAAUACGGGAUCAGAUCUGGAACCGAUUGGGGACUGCGCCGUGCCUCAAGGAUCGGUUAUGGGAAAUAACCUGUUUUGA